CCCAGCAGCAUCUCAGCCGAGCAGCAGCGCAAAAAUGCACUGAAAUACGCAUUUUAGGACAUUUCCACCCGCGUUCGGUUUGCCAUGAGGGCGUGUGAUGGGAAUAACGGGGAUGUUCGCACCGGAUUACGUCCCUUUAUUUUGAGAGAAAUGCGGAUUGUUUUGCGCUCGAGGUGUUAACGCAGAAAAAAAAAUACAAAAAUGAAGAAGCAAUUUAAUCGGAUGCGACAGCUCGCCAACCAGACUGUUGGCAGGGCAGAAAAAACAGAGGUACUGAGUGAAGACCUGCUGCAGGUGGAGAAGCGUUUAGACCUGGUAAAGCAGGUCUCUCAUAGCACACAUAAGAAGCUGGCCGCCUGUCUGCAGGGACAACAAGGCACCGAUUUAGAAAAGAGAUCAGUCAAAUCUCCCUCGCAGAAAAAGUUGCCCCUGACGAUACUUGCUCAAUGUAUGGUGGAGGGAGCGGCUGUGUUAGGAGACGACUCUCUUCUUGGUAAGAUGCUGAAGCUCUGUGGUGAGUCAGAGGAGAAGUUGGCUCAAGAGCUGCUCGUCUUUGAGUUACAGAUUGAAAGAGAUGUUGUGGAGCCUCUGUAUGUGCUGGCUGAGGUGGAAAUUCCGAACAUUCAGAAACAGCGAAAACAUUUAGCCAAACUCGUCCUGGACAUGGAUUCUGCAAGGACACGGUGGCAACAGUCGUCUAAAUCUUCAAGUCACCCUAGUAAUGUGCAGCAGGGCGGAGCUAAGGCUGAUUCCUUGAGAGAGGAAAUGGAGGAGACGGCCAAUCGAAUGGAGAUCUGCAGGGACCAGUUAUCAGCGGACAUGUACAACUUUGUGGCCAAAGAAAUAGACUAUGCAAACUACUUUCAAACGCUCAUAGAGGUUCAGGCGGAGUAUCACAGGAAGUCUUUGGAGAUUCUGCAGAGUGUGCUGCCACAGAUCAAAGCUCACCAGGAGGCCUGGAUAGAGAAGCCAUCGUAUGGAAAGGCCCUAGAGGAACAUCUAGCCAUCAGUGGCAGGGAGAUUGCGUUUCCUAUCGAAGCGUGCGUCACCAUGCUGCUCGAAUGUGGCAUGCAGGAAGAGGGUUUAUUUCGGGUGGCCCCCUCGGCCUCCAAGCUGAAGAAACUGAAGGCAUCACUGGACUGCGGGGUCAUGGAUGUGCAGGAGUACUCGGCCGACCCACAUGCCAUCGCAGGAGCCUUGAAGUCUUAUCUUCGUGAACUUCCUGAACCUCUAAUGACCUUUGAACUCUAUGAUGAAUGGAUUCAAGCUUCAAAUAUUCAAGAUAUGGAUAAAAGACUCCAAGACCUUUUGUGUACAUGUGAGAAACUACCAGCAGACAAUCUGAACAACUUCAGAUAUUUAGUUAAGUUCUUAGCCAAACUCACGGAGCAUCAAGACGCUAAUAAAAUGACGCCAGGUAAUAUUGCAAUAGUUCUUGGACCCAACCUGCUGUGGACACAUUCAGAAGGGAACAUGACGGAAAUGAUGACCACCAUGUCCCUGCAAAUCGUCGGCAUCAUCGAGCCGAUCAUCCAGCACGCUGACUGGUUCUUCCCUGGAGAUAUUGAGUUCAACCUGACAGGCAGCUACGGCAGCCCGGUCCACACCAACCACAACUACAACUACAGCUCCAUGCCCUCGCCCGAUAUGGACCAAUCAGAGCGCAAGCUGCAGCAUGACCAGAGCCGACGCCCACUCAGUGUUGCUACUGACAACAUGAUGCUGGAAUUCUACAAGAAGGAUGGCAUUAGGAAAAUUCAAAGUGUGGGUGUCAGAGUCAUGGACACAUCGUGGGUGAAGGGCAAAAGUUCCUCUACACUGGGCCGCAAAGCCUCAUCCACGCCUCCCAGCGCACAACCGCCCGGCUCUCCUGCGGACACCCUGAUCACUGAGCAGCCCGGUGAGCUGGCCACAUCUCCAAUCCCCACUCCCCCUCCUGGAGACAGGGGCAGCACUCUGAAGAGCAAGGAGCUCUCUCCUGUGAUUGGCCACAAGGCUGUGCAGGCAUCAGGAGCAACAGUGCCCCCUGUCAGCGGUCAGCAGAGCAACAGCCAGUCUCCCCACUCUGCCGAGCACAGCCCCCACACCUUACACAAAGCCUCUAAGAAACUGGCCCCUGUGCCACCCAAGGUUCCCUACGGCCAGUCGGGGGGGAUGUCAGACCAAUCCACAGGUCAGCCGUCUCCGGUUAGCCUGUCCCCCACUCCCCCAAGUACUCCCUCCCCAUAUGGUUUGGGCUGUCCCCCUGGACACGCGCCCACCUCUUCCCCUGGCCAGACCCCAUUAGGGGGACCCUAUACGUUGUCCUCGCCGCCCUCUCUGACUGGUACGCUCACAAAAUCCCGACCCACCCCAAAGCCCAGGCAGAGACCCAGUCUACCCCCUCCCCAGCCACCCACCGUCCCCUCUACAGCCCCCCAGCCCCUGGAGCAGGGUCUACUUGACGGAUUGUCCCCCGGGGAGAGCAUGUCCACAGCAGAUUUCUUCAGUUUGGAAAUUCCCUCCAUCAAUGUCAAUCUGGACAGCCUGUUGGACGAGUUCAGGGUGCUCCCAUGUCGGAGCUCCUUUGCUGCGGUCAGGUCUCCGGAGGGGGAGUCCGUGUCCGAGGAGGAGGGCCAAAGCACCACGCUAUGACCCCUGAGCCCACCCAGCAGCAUGCCAGCUUCGCCCAGAACCCGUCCACUCCUGCUGAGGCCCAACUGGAACCCCACCUUGGCCAAACCCUCAGUCACGGAUACUUCAUGAGAGACUCGAUAAGACGCCAACCACACAACAGGUGCCAUAAAAAAAAAGCAACAGAAUGGAUUUCAUUCAAAUUGCCACUGGAGGAACCUGGAGUUUUGUGUUCCGAUUCCUGUUUCUCUCUGAACGAUUCUGUCUGUUUCAUUUUGUUGUCGUGUUAUUGGUUUCGUUUGAUUGGGAUGUUUUUAUUUCUGCCUUAUCAGAGCUGCAAUUAUAAUACAAUGCACAUAGGGAGCAGUCUGCUGACUUUAAAGGAACCUCAUACACUUUGUCUUGCUAGAGACUUUGAACUGAGACACACCCUCAUGGUAUGAGAGUAGGCCGUCUUUGUUUUCCCUACAGGGUCCAUGCUAUGCUCUUUAUAGAUGACUUGGUGGCAUAUAGCAUGUUUAAGUCUAAUUUUGCAAUGCUGAGGUCUUUCUUUCUUUCUUUCUUUCUUUCUUUCUUUCUUUCUUUCUCAAUCUCUCUAACCUACACUAAUCACUGCUUUAGCAAUCCAAUUCAGUUGACCUUUCGCUAAGUCCUGCCUUAAAGUGCUACUGACCAAUCUGGGCUUAGCAACUGUUGCUGCCCAUUAUAUUAUCAGACAAGUGCGCAUUUCUAAAGUAGAUCUAUGGACAGACUGUGUGUUUAAAUAAUUUUGUAAAAUUACAUUUAAAACUAUCAAAGAAUACAUUAAACUCUUGUUGCCUAUGGCUCAGACAGUAGAGCACAGCUCUAUCGAUGCUGAGGUCAUGGGUUCGAUUCCCAGGGAGAGCAAGAACUGAUAAAAUGUUAAUAUGUACCUUCCCAGCAGGCACAUAUUUGGUUACAUUUCGGUUGCAAUGUCAGGUGACAAAUUCAGUGUCAAUUGGACGUCUAAUGUCAAUGUUAAUUUGAUAUCAAAUACUGACGUCACCCUGAUUUUUAUUCUCAACCAAAACGGAACGUCAACCUGAUGUUAUAUUGACGUCCUGUGCCUGCUGGGCUGAAUACAAGUUGCUUUGGAUAAAAGUGUCUGCCAAAAUUAAUAAAUAUAAAAGUAAAUAUUGCCUCACAACAGAGAGAUCAAAUUUUCCCCCCUUUUCCAAAUCUUAGAAGUUGGGAAUCGCAUGAGGUGAAUUGAAUAAUGUGUCCUGAACAUGGAGAAUGGUAAACUGAAAUGUCCAAUUCAUUCCUGCGGUGGAUUCAGUCAAGUUUGUCUGAGUCGGCAACAGAAACGGAGGGGGUGGGGCUUAGCAGGGAGUCAAUCAAUUUCUGUAACAUUUUGAUAGAUAUGUGCGUUUAUCUGUGGCAGAACAUUAUCAGAACUUCCUGAAACGCACAUAAUACAGUAACACAGUGACAACUGCUGCAGUAAAGUGUAUUUUCUUAAAGAGCCAAUACAAUAUAAUGCAGUACAUGGAAGCAAGGUAAGAAAUCCAGGGUUCCCACAGUCAUGGAAACUAUCGGUAUUUUAAUAGCGUCAUCGAAAAUUUUAAAAUCCCUCUAAAAAUCAUGUAAUUUUCUAUAGUCUGUAUAUUUGUUUCUGUUCUGAAGUGUUUCUUUUUUUUUUGUGAGAGUUUGCGAUCUCUAUAAAAUUCUAUUUCAAAAUCCUUAUCCUGGAAAUCUGUUCAUGAAAAUUCAUCGGUCAGAAGGUGUGGGAACCCUGGAAAUCUCAAUCCCUCACCCCUUUACCUGCAAAACAGAAACAUUGCUUGUGCAAAAAUGGGUCACUGCAAACACUUUCCUGCAAAUGUUUCAUAAUGUUUACUACUGAGAUUAACUACUGGUUCUGUUCCAAUGCACUGCCUUGCAUUUUCCGUUGUCUUUCCGCACCCAUAUGCCCUCCAAAGUGCUUCAAACGCAGUGCCACACUAUCCCUUCUGUAUAUUCCAAUACUGUAUAUAAAGAUGUGUAGAUAAGUGUCAACGAGAGGACAAAUGUAAAGGCAAAUAUGAAUUAUAUAUUCAUAAAUGUGACAUGCCAUAUUUAUCUUGUAUAGAAAUAAUGUUCUAAGUAUUAUUUUGUCCCUGAACACUUUUUGUCAGGUUCACAUAGCAAGCGAGUUUUUUGCACUUUUGUAAGCCAUGAACUAGAUGUAGAAAUAUGAAUGCAGACGUGGUAGAAGUAUAGGUAGAGUUACUCCCAAGAGAGAUUUUAUCCCUAAACCGACCUCAUCAAUAACAGCCUUAAUCAACAGCAUAAAUCAACUGUAUAGCUACUUACUAUUAUUAGAAAAUAUAUGAAGUCGACAGAUUACAAUAAUCGUAUAACAUCGGUUCAGUUAUACUAUUGUAUAAAAACUGGUAGAUUAUAUCAAUGAAAAUACAAUGGCCCUAAAACAGUUUUGAUGCAUGGAAUCUGCAAAAUAAUGAUAUUAGAUCUUCUCUAGCGAUUUCGUCCAAUUACUUUGUCAACUGGUAUCGCUUUUAGUGGAUGCAUGAGGUUAUUUCCUCACUGAUGUCAUUCAUCACAUGAACUGUGUCCACAUACUUUUUAAGGCCACUGUAUAGCAUAUCUCGCCAUAGGAUCAAUGGAAAAAUACCGAUUUUAUAACUUGGAAGGGAUCAUUUCGAAAUCAUCUCAAAGAUAUUUUAGGCCCUAAAGAUCCUUCAAAGUCUCAUUGCUUUUCCCCAGACACAUAAUCUGAUGCCACACUGAGAUGGCACAUUUGUUUCAUGGGUAUACAACACCACGAGACUACUGGAUGCUGCAGUUUCUCUUGUCUGAACUUGUACAAAAAGCGCAAGACUUUAUUAAGGUCAAACAAACAUUAGCUCACUUCUGUCCCGUGGAAGGAAUGGGCACAGCGAACCGUCUCCGUUCUCAUACGAAGGACUCUACUUCCAACGAUGGAUAGCCAUGGCUUGUAUUUCUCUCUUUGACUAAGCAUUAGUGUAUGUCAGGGACAAAAGGCCUUUUGUUUUUUUUUUGCUAAAAUCUGUGAUAUGCCUCAGUGUGUGUUCUUGAUGAAAUAUAGUCUAAUGAUUAUUGGUGACUGAGUUGUAGUUGUAGUGAUUACACAAUGAUAAUUGCAAGUGCCCUCACAUUCAGUAUUUAUAAACUGAAGCUACCGGCAAGUUUCGUGCGUUCGUGAGGUUCUGUCUGUGCGGUGUUCUGUGAGGAGGCAGUCGUGUCCGUUUGAGUGUGCUGACUGAAUGUGAUUUCGCCUUUACUUGGAAGUGCACUAAAGUAAAGGCCUUAUAGCAGCUGCAAUAGACGCAUGGUUUAUUUUCUUUAUGCUCAUCUCUCGCCGUUAGAGCUCAUAAUGAAUGCUAAUGUUGUUGUUAAUGAAGACAGUAUGUACAUGCAUUCUCAUUCUUGUUCAAUACUGCAUCUGUUAUCCCAUGCUUUUCUAAGGGGAAAAGGCACAGGUAUAUGUGAUUUGUAAAUGAAGGUUAUUAGAAUCACGUCUUAAUUUACACGUGACAAUGUUUAACAGUUAUACCCAGUAUGUUUAAGAAAUUGUUCAAAACAGAAAGAUGUAAUAGCCAUGAUGGAACUUUUUAAACCUGGUGAAUUGUGCAUACGUAAUUUUAACUGAUAAUUUGACCCACACAGAAUCUGCACAGGUCACGUUUCACCCCAAAAUCAAAAGAAACAAUUAAGAAAUUAUACUUUAUU